AUGUCUUCCGUCGGUACCGAUCCCGAGGGCCAGGUCAAGUUUCUGGUCAACUGCAUCAAGUACUCUCAGGGGGGAAAGGUUGACUUUCAAGCCGUCGCCACAGACUGCAACAUCGUCUCCAAGGCUGCUGCUGCCAAGCGAUUCGAGCGCAUCCUCAAGGCCCAUGGCAUGAAGGCCAGCGAGCUCGCCAAGGGUGGUCCUAUGAGUGGCAUGUCCUCUCCCGCUCAAAAUACCGCCAGUCCCAAGACUCCGGCGAAGAGCGCCGGCAAGGCUACUCCCAAGUCCAAGGGAAAGCGCGCUGCUGCCGCCUCCCCGACCAAGGACACCAAGCGUGCCAAGAUGGCCAAUCACCCCGCCGUGUCCUCUUAUAACGAUGAGGAUGACGAGGAGGAUGAGGCCCAGUUCAAGGUCAAGGAGGAGACUCAGACCUCUGGCGAUGCCUUCACCAACAACGGUUCGUACCAUGAUGACUCCCGAGGCCGCGAUUACGAUGACGACGAGUUGCAACUUCUCUACAUCGUGGAGAAGCCGACCGGUUGCCCCGUACACGAUAUCGACGGAUCUCGAAUGUCCCCGUCAGCUUCCAUGUCGAGCGAUACUAAUACCGAAUCUUCGAUCCAGAUGAUGCCCAGGGCGAUGAGUCUUUCCAGGUUUAACACCGCUCAGAUGCCGCCUUACUACCAUGGCUGGGGAUUCGCGCCAGAUAUGACAACAUACGCAUGGCCGGACAAAUUUCUACUGAGAGUGUGCUAA